UGAGUCACUCUCAACCAUCAAAGUCCAGCCAGAGGCUCCAUUUUAGCUCGCCAUGAUGAGUGAGCAUGAGGCCCAGUGUGAUGAAAUUUUCUAUCGCCCAACUAUCACGAACCCCGAGCCACAGACCUCAAUAUCAUAGUUUCCGAAGAUAUUUGCUAACGCUUACACUUUCGGAAAACACCCUCUUCUAUUUUCCAAAGCGAGAUUUACAAAAAACCACCUACCCCUCCCCGAUAUUGAGAACACCACUUACAUCACAAACCUUUGGCUCUCAGGCUGCGCCCGCAAUGGAGACAAGGAUAGUGAAAGUCCCGAGCAAGGGCUCUCUAGGCCAGUUUCGACCUGGCGAUGGUCUCGCAAAAUUGAAUCACUGGGAAGUUCAAUGCGAAAAUAAACUCGCUCUUGAGGCUCUGCAAGAUGCUGCUCACCUGCUACGGACCAAGGACACGCCUGUCGCAUUCCCGACAGAGACUGUAUAUGGCCUUGGUGCAGAUGCUACUCGGACUCCCUCAGUUAAAGGAAUCUAUUCGGCAAAGGGACGACCUUCAGAUAACCCUCUCAUUUCACAUGUUUGCGACCUGGAAAUGCUGCGACAGUAUAUCGGCCACACUGAUGAAACUGAUCCUAUACCCCAACGAUACAGGGCUUUGAUAGAGCGUUUCUGGCCUGGACCUCUGACUAUUCUUCUACCUAACCCGGUACCGUCGAAACUAGCGCCUGAGGUGACUGCAGGUCUCAAGACCUUUGGCGUGCGAAUGCCAUCUUCAACCCUCGCCUUGUCUCUUAUCAAGCUAGCUGGUGUACCCCUGGCAGCACCAUCAGCCAACGCUUCCACCAAACCUUCACCCACAGCGGCACAACAUGUGAUGGACGACCUCAACGGAAAGAUCGAGCUCAUUUUGGACGGUGGACACUGUCAAGUAGGUGUGGAGAGCACUGUUGUGGAUGGACUAUGUGACCCCCCCGUCGUCCUUCGCCCAGGAGGUAUCGGAAUAGAUGAGCUACGAAGCUGCCCCGGUUGGGAGAAUGUAUCAAUAGCUUAUCAAGACAAGAGCGAAGAGGGAAAAGCUGCACCUCGGGCUCCAGGGAUGAAGUACAAGCACUACAGUCCAAAGGCUACAGUAGUGCUUUAUGAGUCGAGUUUCGGAGAAGGGGGCAAUGGAAUAGCUUCUCUCGACUUGAAGGCGGCCAAUGGGACAGUCAAUGGCCAUGCUAGCAACGGCGAGCGGAAGGGCAGGGUUAUUGGGGUUAUUCGCACCCAGCGAUGGAAGUCAGGGGCUGGUCUGCGAUGCGCCAGCUUUCAGCAUCUCACCGACGUACAAGGACCCGAUGAGGAUGACUCGCCAUUCCAAGUAUACGAGGGCGAUCUGUUGGAUGAAAAGGAGCAGCCAAUAGGAAAGAUCUUGGAUAUCGAUCUGGGCAGAGGCACUGAAGGAAUUGCGAGAGGUCUUUUUGCAGCGCUCCGGGAGUUUGAUCGACGAGGCGCAGACACCAUUUUUGUUGAUGGUAUAGAAGAUAGAAGCGAUAUCGCAGCGGCGGUCAUGAACCGGCUCCGUAAAGCGGCUUCAGAGACUAGAGCAUGAAUGAUCAUAUCAAUUAGAACACCAGCACACCUGUAUAAAAAAACCCUCUGUUUCUUGACCCUGUGUCAGCCAGA